AUGUACAUGAGCAGAUGGGAUGGUGGCUCAAGACUGCUGGCCUUCAAAACACUUCUGCUCUUCUUCAUCCUUCCAGAGAGGGUCAGUGAGGGUUUGGAAUCCAUGAGCAGUCAACUCACCAACGAUCCAGCAAAACCUGCCACCUCCAGAGGGGAAAUGAUACUUGGGGGAUUUGUUUCCCUUCUAAAUAUUGACGAAACCUUACAGAGUUUCACCAAAGAGCCAGAGAUUUACUUAUUUGGAAACAUGAUGCCAAAAAACUACCAGCACAUUCUUUCCAUGUAUUUUGCUGUUCGUGAGAUCAACCAGGACCUCCAGCUGUUACCCAACACCACACUAGGAUUGGAGGUUUAUGAAAACUGUUUCAGUGUCAGGCUGGCCAGUAAGCACCUCCUAGAUCUUCUCUUCUUGAAACAAAGGAAUCCCAUCAACUACAACUGUUUCAGAAGGAGGAGGAGGAACCUCUUGGCUAUCAUUGGUGGCCUCACCUCCCCAAACUCCAUCCACAUGGCCCACGUCCUGAAUACCUACAAGAUUCCACAGCUCAGUUAUGGCUCCUCUGACCCAGUCCUGAGUGAUAAAAGGCAGUUCCCUUCCUUCUUCAGCAUGGUUCCCAAUGAAAACUUACAGUAUGAGGGGAUUGUCCAGCUACUGAAGCAUUUUGGAUGGAACUGGAUUGGCCUUUUGCUUCAUUACUUUUUGGGAAACACCCAUUUUAAUAACGGUGCAGGAGAUGAAAUCAUUUUUGAUGAGAAGGGGGACUUUGACCCUGGAUAUGACAUCUUCAACAUGGUCACGUUCCACAACAAAUCUUUCCAGAGAAUUCAGAUUGGAAGGAUGGUCUCCAAAGCCCCCGAUGGGAAGACGUUCAUCAUCAGUGAAAGUGCCAUUCUGUGGAAUCACAAGUUUCAGCAGGUACCUCCUCUUGCCAGAUGUGUGCAGAGAUGCCGCCAGGGGUACAGCAAGGCUGUUCAGGAAGGGAAACAAGCUUGUUGCUACAAUUGUACCAAAUGCCCCGAAGGAAGAAUUUCAGCUGAAAUUGAUGCAGACCAAUGUGGGAGAUGCCCAGAAGACCACUAUUCCAAUGCAGAAAAAGACCAGUGCCUUCCCAAAGGUUUCAGCUAUUUAUCCUACGGCGAACCCUUGGGAGUCGCUCUGACUUCCUUGAUUCUUUUCUUUUCAACAACCCUCAUUUUAGUGGCAGUGAUCUUUCUUCUGCACUGGGACACCCCCAUUGUCAAAGCCAACAACAGGAACAUCACAUGCAUCCUUCUCUCCUCUCUCCUCCUCUGCUUUCUCUGCUCCCUGUUCUUUAUUGGCUGGCCUGGGGAAGUGACCUGCUUUCUCAGGCAAACUCUGUUUGGCACCAUUUUCUCCAUCUCGGUUUCCUGUGUCUUGGCCAAAACCAUCACGGUAGUUCUGGCCUUCUUGGCCACCAAGCCAGGAAAACGGAUGAGGAAGUGGCUAGGGAGAAGACUGGCAGCAUCUGUCAUUGUCCUUUGCUCCUUUAUCCAAGCUGUUAUCUGUGCAGCAUGGUUGAUCACCUCUCCUCCCUUCCCAGAGUUGGACAUGCAUUCCCUGACUGAUGAGAUCAUUGUGCAAUGUAAUGAAGGCUCGGAUUCCAUGUUCUAUGUUGUCCUGGGCUAUUUGGGGCUGCUGGCCAGCAUCAGUUUCACUGUGGCUUUCUUUGCAAGAAAAUUGCCAGAUACUUUCAAUGAAGCCAAGCUGAUCACCUUCAGCAUGCUUGUGUUUUGCAGCGUUUGGCUGUCUUUCAUUCCAGCCUAUCUGAGCACCAAAGGAAAACAUAUGGUGGCUGUGGAGAUCUUCUCCAUCUUGGCCUCUACCACAGGUCUCCUGGGCUGCAUCUUUCUCCCCAAGUGCUACAUCAUGUUGUUGAGCCCACAUCUAAACACAAAAGGACAUUUGAACAGGAGGAUAGUAUAA